AUGGACAAGGAGGUCAUGGUCAAGUUCAAUGGCGGUCGUGAAGUCACUGGUACCCUGAAGGGCUAUGACCAGCUCAUGAACCUCGUCCUCGACGACGUCAAGGAGUCUAUGCGCGAUGACGAAGGCAACCAGACCACCCGCUCGUUGGGCUUGAUUGUGGCUCGGGGCACCCUGAUCGUGCUUAUCUCGCCUGCUGAUGGCAGCGAGGAGAUCCCCAACCCGUUCGUGCAGCCUGAGGAGUGA